CAUUCACAAUCAGAAUCUUUUGCGCUCGUCGAAAACUGAGAGCAACUCUAUAUAAUAUUCUCUUUAAAUACACACUGAAAACAUAUCGACACAUAUAAAGCUGAAGAGAUUCAUGAAUAUAUCCAAAUACAAAACACAAUCGCAGAUAUGAGAGGUAACAUAGUGGUUGCAAUUUUAAUGCUAUAUUUGAGAAUUGAAGCAAAAUGCCCACAACUUGAAAAUUCUAUUCUGUCGAUGGAGUUGGAGUCUUGUAAAAGUCUAUAUUACCAAACUGACAACGUGGGAAAUCUCAAAUGUGACGGAGAUAGAUUUGAUAAAGAAUAUUUAAAAAUUCAAAUUAAAAAUUGUUCACAAUCAACUGCUCCCAAACCUUCCAGAGAAUGUAACUCCAGUUAUGAUUCAGAUAAAGCAACAGAAUGGACAACAAACAAGGAGGGCCCAGGAGCUUGGAUUAAAUUCUAUUUCGAUGCUGUCUACUCAAUAUCUAGAAUAUCAUUGUAUCAAAGGAGUGGCUGUUGGGAGCAGAUAGAAAAUAUAACCGUUAAAACUGACAACGUACAAGUCAGAUUUAAAUUGACAAAAAACAACAUGACCGAUUACCUAGACACCAAUGUAUACAAUGACAUUUUAAAAUUACCGCCUAAUGUAUUGAGUAAUUACGUGGAAAUACAAGUGAACAGCGUGUAUUCUAAAUGUGAAGGUCGAUUAGCAAAAGAAAAUGUUGGUUUGAGAGAAAUAUCGUUUCUUGGAUUCGCUCCAUCAAUAUGCCAUAUAAACGAAAGUACAAUUGAGAAUUUUAUGAACGACAUACUAAUUAAUUGUACUGGGAGAACAGGAACUCUAACACACCUGAAGAACGGAGAUGUGAAAUUGUAUUUGUGUGACCAACCAGUGGAAAUGGAAACAACAGCUGAUCAUCUGAGCACAACCGAAAGUUAUAAUGUUCCUACAAUAUCUACAAAAUGCCCACAACUUGAAAAUUCUAUUCUGUCGAUGGAGUUGGAGUCUUGUAAAAGUCUAUAUUACCAAACUGACAACGUGGGAAAUCUCAAAUGUGACGGAGAUAGAUUUGAUAAAGAAUAUUUAAAAAUUCAAAUUAAAAAUUGUUCACAAUCAACUGCUCCCAAACCUUCCAGAGAAUGUAACUCCAGUUAUGAUUCAGAUAAAGCAACAGAAUGGACAACAGACGAGGAGGGCCCAGGAGCUUGGAUUAAAUUCUAUUUCGAUGCUGUCUACUCAAUAUCUAGAAUAUCAUUGUAUCAAAGGAGUGGCUGUUGGGAGCAGAUAGAAAAUAUAACCGUUAAAACUGACAACGUACAAGUCAGAUUUAAAUUGACAAAAAACAACAUGACCGAUUACCUAGACACCAAUGUAUACAAUGACAUUUUAAAAUUACCGCCUAAUGUAUUGAGUAAUUACGUGGAAAUACAAGUGAACAGCGUGUAUUCUAAAUGUGAAGGUCGAUUAGCAAAAGAAAAUGUUGGUUUGAGAGAAAUAUCGUUUCUUGGAUUCGCUCCAUCAAUAUGCCAUAUAAACGAAAGUACAAUUGAGAAUUUUAUGAACGACAUACUAAUUAAUUGUACUGGGAGAACAGGAACUCUAACAAACCUGAAGAAUGGAGAUGUGAAAUUGUAUUUGUGUGAUCAACCGGAGGAAAUGAAAACAACAGCUGAUCAUCUGAGCACAACCGAAAGUUACAGUGUUCCUACAAUAUCUGGCAGUGAACCGACAGGAAGAGAAAAUGGCCAAUUGAGCAACACUUCAAAUUCCAGUACUUUUACAACUCCCAGUAAUAAAAACAGUAUAUUCAGCACAAUAAUAGGAAACUCAAUGACUACUUAUUCCGGAUCACUAAAAACUGAUAGUGAAACAAGCAUAUCCAGCACAACAGUAGAAAGUCAAAUGUCAACUUCUUCCGAGCCACCAAACACUGGAUCGAAUGGAUCCAAAUGCAUCUGUAGCUGUACAGAACAAAUACCAGAGACUGAAGCCGAAAUUAAGGAACGAAUGGAAAACACUCGAAAAGAACUUACAGUGAAAAAGAACGCAACUUCACGAUACAUAGCUACGAAAAUCAGUGCCCCGGAUGAGCGAGUGUCUUCUCAGACUAUGGGCGCAUUAGCAAUUAUCAUGCUUUCAGUAAUUGCUGGAUUAAUUAUCAUUCCAGAUAUCUUAUAUUUAUUGAAGAAAAUGUUUGAUACUUUGUAAACUCUUCUUUCGGUUUUAUGAAGAAAAUACCCAAAAGUCACCUACAGUUUAUUUUUUCACAUGUUUUAUAUAUAAACUGCCAUUAAAUUUAAUUAUGUUUUUAUGUUUUAGUGUUGCAAAAGACAAAGACAACGAAAUAGUAAUGCAUUAUAAAUCGAUGUAAUAUUGUUUGUUCGUUCAGCUGUUAUACUUUAAUUAGUAAGAGAGUUGGAGUGAGAGGUGGAGUAAAAGUGAAUGAGGAGGAGGAGUGUGUGUAGGUGAGGAAGGAGUAGAGAAAGAUGUGUAACAAGGCCAAAUGCACCACGUUAUUAGUUGAAAGGAGAGGCAAAGAGCGAGAGAAAAAAGAUAACGAGAGAAAAGACGGAGAGAGAAGUAUUAAUGACGUGCUGUAGGGUGUGGAGGAAAGGGUAAAGAGAGAUAUGUUUAGCAUACAAUAUUUAGCAGAGGGUGAUGUUCUGGUGGUGAGGUUAAAAAAGACCGAUAAAGAGAGAUGGACAGGACAGGCAGUUACAUUAAGAGAGAGAGAGAGAGAGAGAGAGAGAGAGAGAGAGAGGGAGGGAGAGGCAGUUCGCAUUUGUAUUGUCAAGAAGGAAAUGAAAUGUGCUUUGUUACUGAAAACUAUAGUGAUGAUGAUGUGGGGGCUGUUGGUGGUGGUGAGGGGGUGUUGAUAGUGAAAGGAAGAUUUUUUAUUGAACUAUCUUUAUACUAUUAUUCUACGUAUUCGUUCACACUUUACGCGUUAGCUUGGAAGAGUGGAGAUGGAGCAAUAGAGAGGAAGAAGGAAUGUGAGAGAGGAGACAGCCAGCCGAUUCAUUAUGCUGUCACUCAUGUGGUUAGUGGAAGUGAGAGGUGAAGAGAAGGAGAGAAAUGUUAAAGAUAUGAAGAGGGGAAUCAGGUUAAAAAGUUCGUUGAAAAGGUAGAGAGAUAGAGAGAAAUACAAAGUGCUAAGCAGAGAGAAAUUUUAAAAUCAUAUAAUAAAUAAUUGUGACUGGAAGUGAAAUAACUUUAGCGAAAUAAAAAUAAGAAGGCAAAUCAACCUUUCUUUCUUAAAUAGUUUCUCUUAAUAUUUUCGCUCUGUGGAAUUUCCACGGGCCUAUAGAACUUGACAUGAAGAGAGAAUUUUUGAGUAGGAAAACAUAGUCUUAACACCUUUUCCAAUGUUGUUAGCGAUGUAAAUAAAUCGAAAUCGCUCUAGUUAAGCUUGACAGAAAUAUAUUUACAUGGAGCACAGGAAA